AUGAGCAAUAAUUGCAUAUAUAUAUAUAAUUUAACAAAAAACGUAAGUGUAGAACAUUUAAAAGAAAUUUUUAUGCAUUUUGGAGAUUUAAAAGAUAUAAAUUUUUUAUUAGAUAAUGAAAAUGUAAAUAAUAAUAAUUUAACGUGUGCAAAAAUAAAAUUUGAAAAUGGAGUUGACGCAAAAAUUGCAAAAGAAUUUAUGAACGGGGGCCAGAUAGAUGGUAAAAUUGUGUCAGUAAAAUAUGAACAUGGAAUAAAUGAAAAAGAAAAAGAAAAAAAUACGAAACAUAAUGAAAAUAAACAAAGAAAUGAGAAAAAAAAUUAUAUAAAAGAUUCUACAUCUAGAAAUUCCCUUUCUCGCAGUUCUAAAAUUUCUAAUAAUAAAUCAAAAAGUUUGUCAAUCAAAAGAAGAAAAAAAAAUAAAAAAAAGUAA